ACUAAGUUAGCCCGGGUUUCAUGUUGCCUGAGCCACGUUGUUUGCCUCGCUACUGGAGAAUCAGCCGAGUGACUGCAGUCACUCGGGCUCUCUCCUGAUGGCUCUGCUUUACUGUCAGCGGACGCCGAGGACAGAAUCCUCUCUGCGAAUUCUGUCAUGAGAACCAGUCAUUUUCCAUUCUGCCUUUCUCUCUCAUCCUUGCUGCUCUUUGUCCUUCUGCCUGACUGCGUCGCUGUGAGUCAGCCUUCAUAAGGCUCCUGCCUGGCAAGCUCGGCCACAGCUUGUACCUACCUGCUCGCUGGGUUGUUUUCCUACUUUUCUCUUUUGCCUUCUUUCUCUCCUGCAACCUCAAAUUCUCUGGUUUGACCUUGCUAUCUCUUGGUUCUCUCCCUCGAGCGCUGCGAUACCCAAAGUAUUCGUCGAGGAUGGCGAAAGACCCGUUGCCAAACUCCUCUAUGAGCAUGGAAAGCCAGUUGUGUGAGACCAGCGACGAGAGGCGCGGUCGUGCUAGGGGCAAUUUUCACCGGGUUGAGAGUCAGCUUUCUGUUCACUCACUCCAUUCUCAGAAAUCAUGCCUGAUUUCAUGGGUAGAAUACCUCGUCUCCUUCUUGGGUUGGGCACACCCAAAGGUGGCUCGUGCGGACCCUCGACAUCAUACCGUCUGGCUUUUCAACAGUACGGCCUUCCAGCCUCGAACGCAGACCCGCCUGGAUCAUCCUGACACAUGGCAAACCGAGGUGGUAGCUGCGAUAUUUGAAAAGCAUAGCCGUCAGGAUCUAGGGAAACUGAUCGCUCUCAUCGCCGACCUGGUUGGCUUGGACGGAAAAGCUGGCGAAGACCCCGUGGUCCGUCAACGGAUAGCAGAACGACUUCAACCGUUUGUUAGCGAAGUUGCGCCCGCUCGAUUCGUAGAACUAGAUGUCGCCUUCACGCCCGCCGAUGGGAAUAAGUAUAAACUCAAUCCUUCCAACCCACACGGUAUCAUAUCACACGCAAUCCGUAUAGGAUCCUACCAAUUUAUCAAAGAUGGCACUGUCAUAUCGUCGUCACUGAGCAACUGGCCUCAACCCGUAACGAUGAGCACCACCUUUGCGGCCCCAGAGGGCUGGCUGGUUGUUUCCGAUAUUGAUGACACCAUCAAAUACACCAUGACCCCAGACGCGAUUGGGAUUCUCCGAACCACCUUUGCGGAAGAACCGAAAUCCGUACGUGGCAUGCCUCAGCUUUAUGUUCACGUCCAAAAUCAGCUCCAGCCAACAUGGUUCUAUCUAUCCGCAUCUCCCUAUAACCUCUAUCCGUUCCUGCGCUCGUUCCUUGAGCAGAACUAUCCGCCGGGCACCAUGAUACUGCGUGAAAACUCGUGGCAGUCUCUAGCAGGCUUACUGAAAUCAUUCACGCAGGCGACACAAGAAUACAAAACCCACCGCAUGCAAAAGAUUCAGCGCUGGUUUCCAAAAAGAAAGAUCUUGUGUAUUGGAGAUUCGACCCAGAGCGAUCCGGAGGCAUAUGCAGAGAUGUAUGAGAAACACGGUCCAUGGAUCAAAGCUAUAUUCAUCAGGAAGGUGAUGGGCUUGCCCAAUAUGGAAGAGAAAAACAGCCCGGAGAGGUUUGACAAAGCGUUUGAGAAAGUUCCUCGAACGGUGUGGAGAGUAUUUGAGGAUCCAGAAGAGCUAUAUGGGCCCGUCAACGAGCUGCACCACCUUUACCCUUCGAGGCAAUAACAGCGGCAGCCUUUCCUCAUCGAAGCCACUUCUCCGAUAUCCUACAUUCGCCUUUGACCCCCAAGUUAUGGCUUAUCUUGCUGGUUCGGCUUUUGCCUACACAUAAUGAUGGUUUGUUUACGGAGUUGGCAGGCUUUGUGUCUCCCUUUUCCUACUUACCUUUUUUCUCUGGUUCGAUUCCUCUGUUUUCCGUUCUCGUUUAAUUUCUCCCCGUAAAAGAUGCUCCCAUCUUUGGGAUUUUUUUAUGACUAUUGACAGGCUACGAUUCUCCUUUUUAUUGUUUUUCUCCGCCCUCUUAGUCAGUUGUACGACCGCAAGUUUAGAAUGCUGGUGGAUCUCUCGGUUUAUCUCCCUUAUUCUGCAAAUCACCUCGAUGCCUUUAUGCCCCCUGCGAUAUCCAUAUACGCAAACCUCUUUAUCUUUUAUACUAAUUGCUAUCGGCUGCUUUGAUCAAAGGUGUUUGUUUUUUUAAUCUGUUGAUGAUGUCUGGUUCGAUGGAAUUACUUUGGCGAGGACAUGGCGCUCUACCUUUCCUUUCUCUAUCCAACUCCUCCUGUUCCUAGUAAUGUAUAACUAUGACAGACCAUAAGCAAAUCUUCAAGCCGCCUGUAGCUAUU